AUGGAUGGACUGAAUAGCUCUGUGGUUUCUGAGUUUGUGCUGCUGGGACUCUCAGGUUCUUGGGAAACUAAAGUUAUUCUCAUGAUAACAUUCUCCUUGCUCUACUUAGGGAUCAUCCUGGGAAAUCUCUUCAUUGUCUUUUUGGUUAUUGCUGAUUCUCACUUACAUUCUCCAAUGUACUUCCUGCUGGCCAACCUGUCCUUCAAUGAUGUGGUACUCUCCUCUACCACAGUUCCCAGGAUGAUCACAGACCUGUUAACGGAACACAAAGUAAUUUCCUUCCAAAGUUGUAUGACACAGACAUGCUUCAUCCACACAAUGGGAAGAGUAGAGAUGGUGCUGCUGAUAGGCAUGGCAUUUGACAGGUACGCAGCCAUCUGCAAACCUCUCCACUACUUGACCAUCAUGARMCCCAAAACAUGUGUUCUGUUGAUAGUCAUCAGCUGGGUAACAGGAGUGAUCCAUGCUAUGACUCAGUUUUCAUUUGUUAUCAACUUGCCUUUUUGUGGUCCUAAUAAAAUAGACAGCUUCUGUUGUGACUUUACCAGGAUCAUACAGCYUGCAUGCUCUGAUGCAGCCACGUUUGAGUUUGUUGUUACUGCCAACAGUGGUGUCAUAACCAUAGGCACCUUCUUUCUGCUUCUCCUUUCCUAUGUCUUCAUUUUGAUCACUGUCUGGAAACGUUCCUCUGGGGACUUGUCCAAGGCUCUUGGCACAUUGUCAGCUCACAUCACUGUGGUGGUUCUAUUUUUCACUCCAUGCAUAUUUAUCUAUAUGUGGCCAUUUCCCACAUCAUCAGUUGACAAAUACAUGUUUAUUGUUGAUUUUGCUAUCACGCCUGCCUUGAAUCCUGUMAUCUAUACAUUCAGAAAAAAAGAUAUAAAGAUAGCAAUGCAAAGACUGAACAAGAAGUUUCAUUAUGACAGAUUUUGCUGA